CACACACCAUCGAGAGAGGUUAAGAUGGCCACCGCUGAAUCGCCAGGUCCGAACACCGACUGGCAUAAAAACAUCACUUGCAGGUAUUAUAUCCACGGGGUCUGUCGGGCAGGAGACAAUUGCCGAUAUGCUCACGACCAAUCAGGAAAACCGUCCAACAUUUGCAAAUUUUAUCUGGGUGGCAACUGCCGCUUUGGAACAACAUGCAGAUUUGACCACGUGAAGCCGAAGCAAAAGCAAUCAACUCAACAAAACAAAACCACCUCAAGCAAAACAAAAGCCACGCCUUCGCUAGAGCCCAGUGUCUCCAGCAAGAUGGUGACCCUGAAGAAGGGAAAGGUCAACGGGUUAACCCAGAGGUCGUCAGGGUCACUAAGUCCACCUGGGAAAGUUCGGAUGGAAGAUGUCAUUGGAGCAGCGGAAUUUGUACCCGGUCAACUCUAUAUAGGCUCUGUUCCACCGACGUACUCAGCCGCUGCAACCUCUGGUCUGGAGCCAACCGAUGUAGACGACACCUGCUGCACGCCUUGCCAAAACAGUCCAAACAGCGACGAGUCCGCCACGCCUUGCAACGGCGGCACCAAGGAGCUGCUGUGCCCGUUUGCCUUAAAAGGGACGUGCCGCUUCGGUGAGAACUGCAAGUACAUGCACGGGGACGUGUGUGACAUGUGUGGAUCUGCUUGCCUUAUCAUGGAUGAUCCUGUUCAAAAUAAACAUCAUCGUGAGUUUUGCCUAGCGGAGCACGAAAAGAGCAUGAAAGAAGCCUUUGCCUUCCAAAACAGUAAAGAGGUCAAGUGCUGUAUAUGUUUCGAGCUCAUCCUGGAGAAGAUGCCAGCCAAAGACAGAAAGUUUGGCCUCCUUUCCAACUGUAACCAUGCAUACUGUUUGUCCUGUAUACGCAAAUGGCGCAGCGCCAAACAGUACGAGAAGAAAGUUGUCAGAGCAUGCCCAACUUGCCGAGUCCCUUCGCCGUUUGUCACUCCCAGUGAUUUCUGGGUUGAUGAACCGGAGGAAAAGAAGAAGGUAUUGGAGAGGUACAAACACGCCUUAAGUAAAAAAGAAUGUAAGUAUUUCAGACAGGGUUCGGGAAGUUGUCCGUUUGGUGCCGAGUGCUUCUAUCUCCACGCCUACCCGGACGGUAGCAAGGAGGAUCGCUCCAAAGCACGUCACUAUGGCAACGGGGACGGCAAGAUCAAAGCCUACAGAGCCCUGUCGUUGUGGGACUUUUUUGAGGAGCGUGAGAAUCGGUUCAUGGACUGGGACAGCGACGACGACGACGAUUGGUUCCUGUACUAUGAUUGGUCAGAAGAUUUUGACUUUAGCGAUAUCGAGGAUCAUGGACUGUGGAGUGACUAUUUUGAGUUCUUUGGGUCGAGCGAGAGUUCGGACUACAGCGACGAGGAAGAUGUUGUUGUCGGGGAGAGUGGUCGCACUGCGCCCCCGCCGAGCAUUAGUAGAGCAACUGGAGUGACGCAGGGAGCGACAGCGGCUGUGCGCUCUACGGCAUCGACAGAUACAGAGGAAGAUGACAAUGAAUCAGAUCAUGCAAGAUUGCUGAACCCAGGUGGUGCACACGGUCGCCCAAGCAAAGAUUGCGUAUAUCUAUAAAAAAAAGAAGCCAAAAUCAAGCUGCAGUUUGUAGUGAGAUGAACAAAGGAAGAAACCAGAUCUGUGCGGAAAUGGACUUCAUAAAAAAAAGCAGUUUGUUUAUAGACGGUGACCAGGUAAUGUUAGUUCUGUUGGCACCGUUGAAGGUUGGGUGCAAGACGAGAUUAACUUAUAUCAAAUGUAUACAGCAAAUCUCGUGUAAGUGCUCAGAUGAAACAUUUACCCUAUAGGAUUUGUAGUUGCGUAUGAUUCUGUUAGGUACAAUGAGUGGGGGGUUUUCUGAAGAUGAAAUGGGUUACUGAUUCGAUGAAUUGCGUUAAUGCACGGUUGUUUGAUGUUAACCGGAGUAGACCUAAUGUGUAUUUCUUAGUGAACACAUUUUAUAUACUUAUUACCCUGGCAUGCAUGUACACAAUCUCUCUCUUUGCUCUGUGGUGCCUGCUGUUAUAUGCUAGAUGGAACACUUUUGUUUUCAGUCGUGCACCAGACUAGAUGCUAAAUCACGAGUUAUGCGUUAAAUGGAGUCACCUCUACGUAGCAUGCAGUUGGUUUGGAGAUUUAUAAAGUACCAGUUAAUAUUAAGUGCUGCAGAACGGGGUUUAAUAUAUACGUCUACUUAGAAAGUACAAAUAUAAUGGUGUAUGGUAAAAUGGUGAUGAGGUUGUAGUAGAAUUUAUCGGCUGAUUUGAUACCUGGUUCAUUCACUAAUUGGAUGGUACCCAUUCUGUCUGGAAACCCAACCCUGUCUGCUGUUGUUCGGAUACCUGUCCUGUCUGCUGAUUGGAUACCUGUCCUGUCUGCUGAUUGGAUACCUCCGCUGUCUGCUGAUUGGAUAAAUGUCCUUUCUGCUGAUUGGAUACCUGUCCUGUCUGCUGAUUGGAUGCCUCCGCUGUCUGCUGAUUGGAUACCUCCGCUGUCUGCUGAUUGGACACCUGUCCUGUCUGCUGAUUGGAUACCUGUCCUGUCUGCUGAUUGGAUACCUCCACUGUCUGCUGAUUGGAUACCUGUCCUGUCUGCUGUUGUUGGGAUACCUGUCCUGUCUGCUGAUUGGAUACUUGUCCUGUCUGCUGAUUGGAUACCUGUCCUGUCUGCUGAUUGGAUACCUCACCCCUUUAAAACCGUCCUUAAAGCUUUUUGUAUGCAUACGUGUACAUGAAAUCUUUACACGCAUACAUGUACCAACUUUCUCUGUAAUGAUAAUGAUUGUCAGUAUUUAGAGUGCAUAUAGAGAUGUUGGUAAUCAAGAGUGAUCAAUACAAUUGGUGUUUCUAUUGAUUAAUAUUGAUCAUCCGUAAUGGCGUCCUCAUUAAUAACCGAUACUGGUUUAUCAAUAUUGAUAAUUGAUAACAAAUGUGGAAAAGUUCUCAAUUAGAGUCUUCUCAGUGAUGUAAAUGGUGACUAAAAAGUAUUGUGAAAAAGACAUAGAUUUUGCUAACUGUAAACAAAAAUGUCAUGUCUACUAUAAUAAUGAGACAAGAAGCCAUGUGUUGAGCUAUGUGUUGUUAGGAUCUAUAGGAAGUUGAGUUGGCCUAUCAAAAUUCUCCGACCCCAUUUCGGUGAUUUUCUCUUAGUAGAUUAAUCAUCAGCACUCGCGGUUGAUCACCUUUGAUUAUUUGUAAGUAGGAAACAAGAGUCAAGCAGAAUGUUGAUGUGAAAAAGAAAUGAGAAAAAAGGGGCAUGACAUUUAAGCUUUGCUUUAGGGAGAAGCGUGCUGCACCUUUUCAUGGUCGGGUUUCUUCAAAGGAAAUUUCAGUUCUCAAGCCAUGGACUAAAUGCUUUAUGGAAGUUCUGAAUUCUAUUUGGUUAGGCCUAUCUUUGAUUGUUGAUUGGAAAUAUGUUUUGAGUCUGAAAGCUUAAUUUUAUGAUCAUUUCGAUAUAAAGGUUGACUUGGGAAAUACCAUUACAUUGUGAGGGAAUUUUCCCCGCGAUACUCGGGCACAAAAGGCCAAUAAUGUAUCUGACCAAUCCACCAAAGUCUGAAAUGUAAAAAAACCCAUUACUUCAUGAAAAAAUUUAAACAUUACAAAAUGCUUUAAAAAUACCUCGGAGUCUGUAUGCGCUCUGAUUUGUCAAAGACUGGUCACCUUGGGAAUGUCUUACCAUGGGUGCGUUUUCGAGGUCAGAAACAUCAACUAUUUCAGUCAAACUUGCCGUUGGUUGAUCACAAUAGCCAAAACACUCCCUAUAUGGUUUAAAGCCUGGCUCUGAGUUAUGUUGACUAACAUGCAUUAAGGGUAUUUACUAACGGGAAUAACAGCGAGGUAUUAUUAAUGGGAAUGGGAAUAACAGUGUGAGGGCUUCAGUGUGUGGUAACAAACUUAGUUAGUUGGUGGCCACUGUUCCUGGGCAAAGCUGUAGGCAUUCGGCUGACCAAUGUGUAACACCAACCAAGUCUUUACAACACUGUGCAGACUGCGUCGUCACACUU